AUCAAAGAUCGUGCCUAUGCCGUCCGCACACCAGAAGGAUAUCAAGUGCAGUUCUCCUCCAGGGAGCACAUCAAGCAAUUGGUGCAGGCGCCAGACACGUACCUGUCGCUACAUGCUCUGGCGAAAGAUAUGUUCCAGCCCAAGUAUACCAUGAACGGCCUCGAGUACGACGACUGCAUGAGCGCGAACGGAACCGUCCAUCAGCGAGCCCUGCAAGCGGAGCUGCGAUCCCACCUGCCAGCCCUAACCCAGCCGUUGCACAACUGCAUAGCCCAAGCGCUCACCGCAGAGAUCACAGCCCACAAGCCCCAGUCCGGGGAAUGGCGCGCAGUGCCCAUCUUCCCGAUGGCCAAGCGACUGAUUACCGCCGCCAACGCUCUGGUCUUCUUCGGACCCGAGGUCUCAAGCGACCAGGUCUUCCUCGACGCCGCGCUCGAGUACCCCGAACACCUCAUGGAAACCGCCGAAGCGCUGCGCCUGCUCCCGGCGUGGGCCGCGCCCUUCGCCGCGCCCUAUCUAAUGCGCCGCCACCGAGCGCUGAAGAUCCUGCUGGACCGUCUCACCCCCGUCGUGGAGGCGCGGAUCCGCAACAGCACCACCACCACCACCACUGCCGCCGAACAUGCCGACUGCAUCCAGUUCUUCGUCAACGCAGCCGCGCGCAAGAACCAGCAGCACGAAUGGCCGGCCCAGCGCAUCAUCCAGGUCCUGCUGGGCGUCUGGUUCGCCUCCGUCCACCAGCCCGCCAUGUGCCUCUUCUACGCCCUGGACGACCUCUGCCUGCAUCCCGAGUUCACGUCUGCGCUGCGCGACGAGGUCCGCGCCGCUAUGCCCGCCGCCACCACCACCCAAUACCCCGAAAUCAACCCCCCCCACCUCCCCCUCCUCACCAGCUUCCUCAAAGAAUCCGCCCGCCUCCACCCAACAGACUCCAUCUCGCUGCGCCGCAAGGUCCUCCAGCCGUUUACCUUGAACGACGGAACCACCCUCGCAAAGGACGACGUCGCCUGCAUCCCGCUGCGACCCAUCCUCCGGGACCCCGAGCUGUACCCGGACCCGCACAUCUUCAACCCCUACCGCUUCAUCGAAGACAACCCCAUCCCGACUCCAAAAGCCACGUCCUCCGAUUUCACCGACGCAGACGUCACCUUCCCGAUCUGGGGCCUGGGCAAACGCGCCUGUCCCGGCCGGUACUACGCGUCGUUGCUGCUGAAGCUGGUGCUCGCGCAGAUCCUGCUGCGGUAUGAUGUGACGAUGGGGGCGGCUGCCAACAACGAGCGGAGGUACUUUUACUGGCGGUCCGCGAUUGUGCCCAAGGCGGGGGCGGGGCUGUUGUUUCGGGAUCGGGGGGCGCUGGCUUUGGAGGAGGUUUGCUAG